AUGACUAUCACCAUAGAAGAUAAUGUAGAUUCCAGUGAAUCAGUGGUAGACCUACAAAAUGAUGAAGACUUUGUCACCAUACCUGAUACGACCAUGGUAUCAGAUAAAUGCAGUUGGCAAGAUUCGUCAACUGAUAUUCCACACAACAGCAGAAUUAAUAUGAACGAUUUUCCGCCAUUAACUGAGACUUUUGAUACAUCCAAAGUACCCUGGUGGACAUCAAAAAGAUUUUCUUUGGCUGUCCUCUGCUUCUUUGGAUUUCUAAUUGGAGAAGCAUCAAAAUCAAAUUUGAGUAUUGCAAUUGUAUCAAUGGUUAGAAGUAUUCCUAAAGAUCUUCAGUUGACAAAUGAUCAUCAUAAUAAGCAAAAUUCUACCUCAAACAUAACCAUAGUUAUACCAGAAGCAGACCUUACAGAUACGUUAUUCAAGGGCGGAGAGUUCGACUGGAGUAAAGAACUUCAAGGACUCAUAUUAGGAUCCUUCUUUUGGGGGUAUCUGAUACUUCAAGUAACUGCUGGUUGGAUGAGUGAACGGUUCGGACCAAAAAGAGUUAUUGCUGUAGGAAUGUUCACAACUUCUGCAGCUACCCUUUUGAGUGCAACGACAGCUAGAUGGAGUCCGUAUCUGUUCAUGGGAAUCCGCAUUAUAAUAGGACUUGGACAGUGUGUUUUGCACCCAUGCAUCCAGUCAUUGUGGAUGAAAUGGUCUCCCCCUAAGGAAAGAAGUAGUUUAGCGGGUCUUUCACUGGCAGGUGGGCCUAUCGGAGCAGCUGUGAUGUUUCCUAUUGGUGGAUUUUUGUGUGAAUAUGGAUUUGACGGUGGUUGGCCUUCCGUAUUUUAUGUGAUUGGUGGGGUAUGUUUCCUAUGGACUGUCGUAUGGUGUCUCCAAGGUUAUGAUUGCCCAAGUCAACAUCCAUCAAUUUCCCCGAUUGAACGUAAUUAUAUUGAAGAUUCUUUAGGUUUCUCAAGAGGACAGGAAUUGAAGGUGAAGAUCCGAAUAAAUCCCACGCCGUGGAGAAGUAUAGUUUCAUCCAAACCAGUCUGGGCAAUUAUUGUUUGUCAUUUUUGUAUAAAUUAUGGAAAUUACAUGAUUGGGACUCAAUUACCAACUUACAUGAAGGAGGUUUUGAAAUUUGAUAUUCAAACAAAUGGCUUGUAUUCAAUGUUACCCUUCCUAUGUUUGUGGUUUAUGAUGAUGAUAAGCGGUAUAAUAACAGAUCGACUCAUAAUUAAAGAUAUACUGUCGUUGAGAUAUACCAGGAAGAUGAUGACCUCUCUAGGAACUGUUGUACCAGGAUUAUUUUUAAUUGGAACUAGCUAUAUGUCGCAAGAGCAACAGUUACCAGCGGUCGUAAUGCUUACAAUUGGAGUUGGUUUCUGUGGAUGUCAAAUCAGUGGGUACUACAUGAAUACUGCCGAUAUUGCUCCAGCGUUUGCUGGAAUUCUGAUAGGAAUCUCUAAUACUAUAGCUACCGUCCCGGGUAUUAUUGCACCCUUUGUAGUUGGUGUUAUGACGCCCUCAGGCUCUGAAUUGGAAUGGCAAAGAUCAUUAUAUUUAGCCGGAGGAAUAUAUUUCAUAGCUGCAGUAGUAUUUAUAAUUUUUAGUGACGUCGAUAUUCAACCAUGGGGUCUUGUUUCUCAAGAGAAAGGUUUGAAAACACUUGUUUGUUUUAUAAAUAAAAUUGAGAUACUGGUUUCAGUGUGUGUUGUAUUCUUGGCAAUAGAACAUCAUCGCCCUAUUUGGUAA